AUGAGCCGGGGUCAUACACGCGACUGGAAGAACGAGAGAGUCAUCUUGGACAGAAGAGGCUCGGACGGAGAGUAUGAUGUCUCCUAUAACAAGUCUCACGGCAUUGAACGACCUGGACCGAGCUACUACGGUCCGAACUUCUCCAAUGUCGAGAAUAAACGCUCAGCAUCUUUGGCCUACGGGGAUAUCAGGCAGCCUCGAAUGCCAAAUCCCUAUGUCAAGCGCCCACAGCCAUAUCCUGAGGAGGUGAAGAGGGAUUAUGAAGAAUACAAGAAGUAUGGCGAUCUAUAUGCAGAGUCCAAAGGAAAGACGAAGGACAAUAAGAAACUCCUAAGAACUCGAGAGCACGACCCCCAAUAUCAACAUUACAAGUAG